AAAAACCUAAAAAAAGCCGAAGAAGAGCGGCAGCUAGCAGUCCGCGCUGACAGUUGUUUUUUUGUUGUAAUAAAUGAUUGAAUGAGGUAAAUACUCUUGUAAGGAAUAUCUUUCCUGCCGGUGGGUUAAAGUAAUUAUUUUAACCCGACAACAGUAAUAAAACGCAGGUUUAUCCGGGGUUCCAGGAUCUUUCCACGCCAUGUUCUUCACGCAGUGAACCUUUCUGAGAGGCACCAUGGAGCGUCCUUCCAAGGAGGGGAAGCCCCCCUCUGUUAUCGACAUCACCACCAGCGAAAGGGUUGUGGAGCUUCUGAAUCAGGCGGCUCUGAUUCCCACCGAUGAAAAGCUUAAUGUUCUCAAACAGGUUCAAGAGCUCAUCAUCAACAAGGAUCCUUCUCUUCUUGACAACUUUUUGGAUGAGAUCAUCGCCUUCCAGACGGACCGGUCCAUUGAAGUGAGGAAGUUUGUGAUCGGGUUUAUAGAGGAAGCAUGCAAACGGGACAACGAGCUCCUCCUCAGGCUGAUCGCCAACCUCAACAUGUUGCUGAAGGACGAGAGCGUAAACGUGGUGAAGAAGGCCAUCCUCACCCUCACCCAGCUCUACAAAGUGGCGCUGCAGUGGCUCGUCCGCUCCAAGACGGUGUCGGAGAUGCAGGAGGCGUGCUGGGAUCUGGUCACACAGAUGACCGGCGACGUGUUGACCAUGCUGGACUCAGAGAACGACGGCAUUCGCACCCACGCCAUCAAGUUCACAGAGUCCCUGAUCAUCACGCUGUCGCCACGGAUACCGGAGUCCGACGUCCCUAAGAGACAGGAGGGGGACAUCAGCCUGGACAAAGUCCCCAGAGACCACCCCUACAUUCGCUACGACACCCUGUGUGAGGAGGGGAAGACCGCCCUGGAGAAGCUGCUGAAGUUCAUGGUCCACCCGGCCAUUUCCAGCAUCAACCUGACCACCGCCCUGGGCUCUCUGGCCACCAUCGCCCGCCAGAGGCCAAUGUUCAUGUCUGAAGUGGUGCAGGCCUACGAGACGCUGCACGCAAACCUGCCUCCAACUCUGGCCAAGUCUCAGGUGAGCAGCGUGCGGAAGAACCUGAAGCUGCACCUGGUGGCGGUGCUGAAGCAUCCCUGCAGCCUGGAGUUCCAGGUUCAGAUCAGCACCCUUCUGCUGGAUCUGGGGAUGCCGCAGACCGAGAUAACCCGAUACACUCCGGCGCCGCGGGAGCAGCGCAAACGGCCUCGUUACGACCAAUCCACCGAGGGCAAGAAGGUCAAGCUGGAGCCGGCGCUCAUUGAGGACGACGAGGACAAAGAGGAGCCGGCCCCCCUCGCCGCCCCAAAGCCAGCUGCCGUUCCAGCCGCGCAGUCCGCCAUCGACCUCACGGCUGACUUCCUGCGCCCGCUGCUGACCCCCGAGAACGUGGCCAACCUGGUGCUCAUCAGCAUGGUGUACCUGCCCGACGUCAUGCCCGCCUCCUUCCAGGCCACGUACACACCUGUGGAGUCAGCCGGCACCGACGCCCAGAUCAAACAUCUGGCCCGGCUGAUGGCGACCCAGAUGACUGCAGCGGGGAUCGGCCCAGGUCUGGAGCAGUGCAGGGCGAGGGAGGAUGAGGCGGGCAGAGAGGAGCAGAUGGAGGACGACUCGGCGGCCAAAGACGUUCUGAUCAAGCGGAAGCUGUCCUCCAUGAUGGGCCAGGCCAUCUCCGUGGUGGGGGGCUACGGCGAGAAGCCGCCCACCGCAGAGGCUCCGGCCGUCAAGAGGCUCCCUGAGCCCAUCCUGCCCUCCGCACAGGCCAAGGCGCCGGGGGCCGUGGGCAGGAAGAAGGUGUUCCGCCUGGCAGACGCCGUCCAGCCGCUGUCCGACUCCCAGAUCGGCGUCUUGUCCUCCAAGGCGGUGAGGAGGAUUCUCCACUCAGAGAAGGCGAUCACGCAGAGCGGCAUGUCCCACGUGCGGGUGAAGCUGCUCUCCAGGCUGGUGACCCAGUUUGAGGGGGUGAUGAAGGAGGACGUCCUGGAGUUCGUCCUGGAGGACAUCAGGACCAGGAGCGAGCUGGCCUUCUCCCUCCUCUACCAGGAGUACAACACCUACCUGAGCCAGCUGCCUGCAGGGCUGCUGGACGGCUACGACCACUGCCUCUACACGCUGCUGUCAGGCCUGCAGGAGAAGCCCGAGCAGCGGGACGGGCUCUUCACCAAGCUGGUUCUGGAGGCUCCCAUCAUCACGGAGUCGGCGCUGGAGGUGAUCCGGCGGUACUGUGAGGACGAGUCGCGGGUUUAUCUGGGCAUGACGACGCUGAAGGAGCUGAUCAUCAAGAGGCCAUCCAGGCAGUUCCAGUACCUCCAUGUCCUCCUGGACCUCAGCUCCCACGACAAGGAGAAGGUGCGCAGCACGGCGCUGGCCUUCCUGAAGCGAAUGUACGAGAAGGACCACCUCAGAGAUUACAUCGAGAAGUUCGCCCUGAACUACCUGCAGCUGCUGGUCCACCCCAACCCGCCGUCUCUGCUGUUCGGCGCCGACAAGGACACAGAGGUGGCGGCUCCGUGGACGGAGGAGACGGUGAGACAGUGUCUCUUCCUCUACCUGUCCCUGCUUCCUCUCAACCACCGGCUGGUCCACGAGCUCGCCUCCGUCUACACCGAGGCCAUCGCCGACAUCAAGCGCAGUGUGCUGCGCGCCAUUGAGCAGCCCAUCCGCGGCAUGGGGAUGAACUCGCCCGAGCUGCUGCUCCUGGUGGAGAACUGCCCCAAAGGAGCCGAGACCCUGGUGACCCGCUGCCUGCACAUCCUGACCGAUAAAGUGCCGCCGUCGCCGGAGCUGGUGGAGCGAGUGCGGGACCUGUACCACAAACGCGUCCCAGACGUGCGUUUCCUCAUCCCCGUCAUCAACGGCCUGGAGAAGAACGAGGUGGUCCAGGCGCUGCCGAAGCUCAUCAAGCUCAACCCGAUUGUUGUGAAGGAAGUCUUUAACCGCCUGCUGGGGACGCAGCACAGUGAGGGCAGCUCGUCGGUGUCUCCUCUGACUCCAGGAGACCUCCUCAUCGCGCUCCACAACAUCGACUCCUCCAAGUGCGACAUGAAGUCCAUCAUCAAAGCCACCAACCUGUGCUUCGGGGAGAAGAACGUCUACACCUCUGAGGUUCUGGCCGUGGUGAUGCAGCAGCUGAUGGAGCAGAGCCCGCUGCCCAUGCUGCUGAUGCGCACCGUCAUCCAGUCCCUCACCAUGUACCCGCGGCUGGGCGGCUUCGUCAUGAACAUCCUGUCGCGCCUCAUCGUCAAGCAGGUGUGGAAGUACCCUAAGGUGUGGGAGGGCUUCGUUAAGUGCUGCCAGCGCACCAAGCCGCAGUCCUACAGCGUGCUGCUGCAGCUGCCGCCGCCGCAGCUCGCCAGCGUCUUCGAGCGCUGCCCGGAGAUGAGGGCGCCGCUGCUGCAGCACGUCCUGGCCUUCACGCCGCACCAGCAAGCGCACAUCCCCACCUCCAUCAUGGCCGUCCUGGAAGCCAACAAGAAGCCGGAACCCAAGCCCGCCGACCCGGUACCGGUACCGGUACCAGAGGAGGAGUCGGAACCGGCUCCCGCUGCCGAAGAACCUCCUGUCAUGGAGCCCGCAGAACCAGAACCACCGCUCCAGCCGGAACCGGUUCUUCUGAAGGACGAGGAGGAACCCAUGGAGCAGGAGGAGGCCGGCCCGCCGGUUCUGGAUGAAACCCUGGAAAGCGUCUCCCAGGACGGCUUGUCGCAGGACGCAGAGGAACCGACACCGCGUCCAGAACCGGACCAGGAGCCCAUGGAGGAUUCUCAGCCCGAACCGUCGGAUCAGCCGGAGUCGCCCAAAGAACCCGACCCAAACCCGGCGGCACCAGAAGCUGGAAGCGGGUCGGAGGAUGUGGAGUAG